AUGAAGAUUGAUUGGAAAACUGAGGCGAAGUGCAGAGAAGGAUUCGCGGCAAAAGCGAAGGAAGAAAGGGCUGAGUGGUUCGAGGAAAUAUUUUUCUCUUCUUUUACUGGACAAUUUCUUUUAGCUGUUUCAUUUCUUCGUCACUUAAUAAGUUUCUAUUUUACUUCAAAGCAUUCAACGUUUUCUCUUGAUUUUGCUCAAUUUUCCUUUUCUUUCUUUCCUUCUUUUUUCUGUACAUUUGUAUUUUCAUUUUCUCUUUUUUACUUGUAUUGUUCUCUUUCUUUGUUUGGUUCGUUCUGUUUUCUUUCCUUACAUCUUUCAUUCCUUCUUUAUUUACAUCUUUCGUUCUUUCCUUACAUCUUUCAUUCCUUCUUUAUUUACAUCUUUCGUUCUUUCCUUACAUCUUUCAUUCCUUCUUUAUUUACAUCUUUCGUUCUUUCCUUACAUCUUUCUUUCGUUCUUUCUUUCCUUAUAUCUUUCUUCCAUUUUUUUCUUUCUUUCCAUCUUUCUUCCACAUUUUUAUUUUCUUUCAUCUUUCUUCCAUUUUUCUUUUUUUACAUCUUUACGCCAUUUUUUUUCCUUUCAUCUUUCUUUCAUAUUUUUCUUUCCUUGCACCUUUCAUCCAUAUUUUUCUUUCCUCUCAUCUUUCUUCCACUUUUUCUUUCAUUUCAUCUUUCUUCAAAAUUUGGUUUCAUUUCAUCUUUCCAUAUUUUUCUUUCCUUUCGUCUUUCUUCCAUUUUUUCUUUCAUUCUUAUAUGCCUUACUAUUCCAACCAGCGUCCGAUUGCCUUUAUCUAUCUAUCUAUCUAUCUAUCUAUCUAUCUAUCUAUCUCUAUAG